GUGCGAAGACUCAGAGACCACUCUAGCGCUCUCUUCUUCCAUAAACCCUAGGCUUUGAUCCACUCGAGAAACCCUAGAUCUUGGCCUUCUGUGGAUCCGGCAUGGCCAGAGGCCUCCGCUUUCUCGGAAUUCUGGCCUUGAUCUAUGCCUCUUUGUCCCUCUGCAUCGCGGCCAAUGUCCGCCCCAUUUCCGACGCUCACCGCUCCGCCGCGCUCGAGCUCUUCGCUUCCCCGAUCGACGGAUCCUUUGGAAGCUUAGAAGAGACUUAUGAGGCAUUAAAAACUCUGAAAAAUCUGGGAUUGGAGAGGCCUGGUGAUGCUAAAGAGAAGGCGUGCCCUGUUGUUGUUGAAAAACUUGGGUCAACAUCUUCUUCACUGAAGGACUUGUUUCAAGCAGUGAGAGUGAAUAGUGUUGUUGGAUGCCAAAUUGACGCCAAAACUUUUGCGGAUGUUGCUUCUAGAAUUCAAGCUGUUAUAAAAGAUACUAGUUCAUUGGAAGACUUCUACUAUUCUGUGGGAAGUUUGCUUCUCGUCAAGGAUCAAGGCUCAAGUGUAAAUCUGCUAGAUGCCAACGACAUAUUUCAUUCUAUUAAGGCACUUAGUCAAAGUGAUGGUAGAUGGCGUUACAAUUCCAAUAGUGCUGAAUCUAGUACUUAUGCUGCUGGGUUGGCACUUGAAGCACUUGCUGGAAUUGUUUCCCUUGCUGAUUCAGAGGUGGAUCAAUCCAUGAUUGAAACUGUGAAAAAUGAUAUCGUGAAACUGUUUGAUAGCAUUGAAAGUUAUGAUGAUGGGUCAUUGUUCUUUGAUGAGAAGCAUGUUGCUACUAGUGAAUAUAAGGGCCCUGUCACAACCACAUCUUCAGUAGUUCGGGGAGUUACUGCAUUUGCAGCCAUAGCUUCUGGGAGUCUAAAUAUUCCUGGUGAUAAAAUUUUAGGGCUGGCAAAAUUCUUCCUUGGUAUGGGGGUUCCUGGCAGUUCCAAAGAUUUGUUCAACCAGAUUGAUUCUUUAUCACUCUUGGAGAACAAUAGGGUUUCUAUUCCCUUGAUUCUGUCACUUCCAUCAACCGUACUUUCAUUAAGCUCUAAAGAUCAACUCAAGGUUGAAGUAAAUACAGUGUUUGGAUCUGCCGCACCUCCAUUAACAGUUAAACUUGUCCAAGGAUUCAGUUCUGCUUCAAAGGAAGUCCCUGCUUUGGAAAAUCAGGAGCUCAAAUUUGAUGCAGAAAAUGGUGUCCAUUACUUGGAUAUUCUACCUUUGAAAGUAGAUGUUGGAAAAUAUACAUUAGUUUUUGAGAUUUCUCUUCAUGAUCCUGAACAUUUGAAUACCUAUGCCACUGGUGGUCAGACAAAGACAUUAGUUUUUCUCACUGGAAUCAUCAAAAUUGACAAGGCAGAAAUUACGAUUUUGAAUAGUGACGUUGGGAAUGUGGAGACCUCACAAAAGUUGGACUUAUCCGGGGACAGUGCAGUUGCCUUAUCCGCCAAUCAUCUGCAAAAGUUGCGUUUAUCUUUCCAGCUGACAACUCCUCUAGGACAUGCUUUUAAACCUCACCAGAUGUUUCUUAAACUGAAACAUGAUACCAACGUUGAGCACUUCUUUUUAUUCGAGAGCUCUGCAAGACAGUUCAAAAUCGUACUAGACUUUCUUGGCCUUGUUGAGAAAUUCUACUACCUCUCUGGGAAGUAUGACAUCGAAAUUACUGUUGGUGAUGCUGCAAUGGAGAAUUCUUUCCAAAGAGCUCUUGGGCAUGUCGAGUUAGACUUGCCCGAACCACCAGAGAAAGCUCCACGACCUCCCGUCCAACCUGCUGAUCCUUACUCUAGAUUUGGUCCACAAAAAGAGAUAUCACACUUAUUCCGGGAACCUGAAAAGCGGCCACCACAAGAGCUUUCUCUUGCAUUCUUGGCUCUUGUCCUUCUACCCCUCCUUGUUUUCAUCAUUGGGCUAAUCCGUCUGCGAGUAAACUUGAAGAACUUCCCAUCAUCACCAGUACCUGCUGUCUUUUCUCUACUCUUCCACAUUGGCAUCGGAGCUGUUCUAGUCCUCUACGUAUUAUUCUGGUUGAAGCUGGAUCUCUUCACCACAUUGAAGGCCCUGGGGCUUCUUGGAAUCUUUCUCAUAUUUGUCGGCCACCGGACCUUAUCACACCAUGCAUCAAUCUCAUCGAAGCUGAAAUCAUCUUAGUUUGAUGCAGCAUUUAUCACCGGAUUUCCGUAUUUCAGUUUUGUAGACCACCGUGGCGACCUUCGCAGAACUCACAUCCUCGUACCAUGCAAUAGAGAUCGCAGACAUUUUCUUAAGGUUAUCUUUGAGUGUUAGGAUGCAAACUGAAGACAGAUCAUGUUAAAUUAAGGAAACAUUGAGUUAUAAACGUAGUAUUUAGAUGUUAAUCGCUUUCUGAUAACUCUGAUAAAAGCUGGUUUUCUCAUUAAUAAAUAUGGAGAUUUGAGAUUA